GGGGUCCUGGCCUAGGAGGGUGGCGGGGGCUGCCCGCGGGGUGCGGGCCGAGGCGAAGGUGCGGAGGCGCCGUGCCCGAGGGAGCCGCCGGCUGAGCGGGCUGGAGGGCGGCGGGGGCCACCCGGCGCUGCCUCCACCCAUUGUCCCUUCGCGGCCGCCCCCGAGGACCGUCGCUCCCGCCGUGGCCGCCUCGGCGGCGGUCGCCCGGGUUGCGGUGCGGGGCGCCCCCACCCGGCCCUUCUGCGUGGACUCGCAGGCGGGACCGUGCCCGUGGUUUUGUCUGCGGCCCCCGGCGGUGUUGGGGCGGGAGGCGUCACCUGAGGGAGCGGUAAUGGCGACUUGGGGGCCCAUUUUCUCCGAGGGCCUUUGUGUAGCGGGGGAAACUGAGGCACGGGGCUCUCUGGCUUGUGCCCGAGGUGUGGGCGCAGCAGUCCCCAGACCUGCCCUACGGGCUCUUGUGAUAACUAUUAAAAUCAAUUAAGGAAUCUAAACUAGCCCGAUGUUACAUACCCUCCCCCAUUUAUUUUUCCCCAUAGCGGGCCAUGAGUUUGUCUUGCCACAUGAAAGAUGACCUUUCGAUCAAAGAACGUCAUCUGUCCCUGUUCCCCUUACUUGGCUCACCCUGUUUUCAGCUCAUUUUCGUUCGGGGUAACCCAGGUCCCACCCCUUUGCGCCCUUUCCUGUCCGUGGUUAUCACUGACCCCUCCGUGGAGCGCGCCCCGAGCGGAAAGCUACUUGGGCUGCCCAAAUCAGCAUCGCUUUCCCCUGAAACUUCUCUUACAUUAACGGAGGAUGCUUCUAAUGUAACAGCAAGAAAAUGAUUUAAACACGAUAUUGUUGGUAAUCGGGCCAAAAAUUGCAUCCUUUGUAAAUGAUACUGGGCAAGGUAGGUGCGUGGGCCAUUGGAAAGCUCCCUGGCUCUGGCUGGAUGCUGUAAAUGACUGCAUUUCUGCCAAGAGCUUUGCACCGACUCCGAGGUGUUUUCAUACCUACGGUGGGUCCAGGGGACUGGUUCGCUGGGACCUGUUUGCCCAGGAUGGCUUUAAGGCCGGGGCUAUAGAGUCAAUACGCGCGUGUUCUCCAGCCACCUUCGUUCCUUUCCCGGAAAAACUGUGUUGUGAGGGCGGAAGAACACUUGUUUUUAAAAUUGGAAACUUGUAGCCUGUCGUUUGUUUCUGGAUGUGCAGAGCACGAUGGCGGCGUCCGAGGUCGCCGGUGUGGCCAGUGCCCCCAACCCCCCGGAGUCCUCUGGUCUGUGCGCUUCCAAAUCAGAAGAAGGCCUGCUAGAUGGUCUAAGACUGACUUUAAGACGGCUGAUUCAGAAGUAAACACAGAUCAAGAUAUUGAAAAGAAUCUGGAUAAAAUGAUGACAGAGAGAACCCUGUUGAAGGAACGUUACCAGGAGGUCCUGGACAAGCAGAGGCAAGUGGAGGAUCAGCUCCAAGUGCAACUAAAGCAACUUCAGCAAAGGAGAGAAGAAGAAAUGAAGAACCACCAGGAGAUAUUAAAAGCUAUCCAGGAUGUAACGAUAAAGCGAGAAGAAACAAAGAAGAAGAUAGAGAAAGAAAAGAAAGAGUUUUUGCAGAAGGAGCAGGAUCUGAAAGCUGAAAUUGAGAAACUUUGUGAGAAGGGCAGAAGAGAGGUGUGGGAAAUGGAACUAGAUAGACUGAAGAAUCAGGAUGGUGAAAUAAAUCAGAACAUUAUGGAAGAGACAGAACGGGCCUGGAAGGCAGAGAUCUUAUCACUAGAGAGUCGGAAAGAAUUGCUGGUGUUGAAGCUAGAAGAAGCCGAAAAAGAGGCAGAGCUGCACCUUACUUACCUCAAGUCAACUCCCCCAACACUAGACACAGUUCGUUCCAAACAGGAGUGGGAGACAAGACUGAAUGGAGUUCGGAUGAUGAAAAAGAAUGUUCGGGACCAGUUUAAUAGUCACAUCCAGCUAGUGCGGAAUGGGGCCAAGCUGAGUAGCCUUCCUCAGAUCCCUACUCCCACUCUGCCUCCGCCCCCGUCCGAGACAGACUUCAUGCUUCAGGUGUUUCAGCCCAAUCCCUCUUUGGUUCCUCGGAUGCCCUUCUCCAUUGGGCAGGUCACAAUGCCCAUGGUUAUGCCCAGUGCAGAUCCCCGUUCCUUGUCUUUCCCCAUCCUGAACCCUGCCCUUUCCCAGCCCAACCAGCCUUCCCCACCCAUUCCUGGCUCCCAUGGGAGAAAUAGCCCUGGCUUGGGUUCCCUUGUUGGCUCCCAUGGUCCACACAUGCCCCCUGCCGCCUCCAUCCCGCCUCCCCCAGGCUUGGGCGGUGUUAAGGCUUCUACUGAAACUCCCCGGCCCCAACCAGUAGACAAACUAGAGAAGAUCCUGGAAAAACUGCUGGCUCGGUUCCCACAAUGCAAUAAGGCCCAGAUGACCAACAUUCUUCAGCAAAUCAAGACGGCACGUACCACCAUGGCAGGCCUGACCAUGGAGGAACUGAUCCAGCUGGUAGCUGCACGACUGGCAGAACAUGAGCGAGUGGCAGCAAGUGCUCAGCCACUCGGUCGGAUCCGGGCCUUGUUCCCUGCCCCAUUGGCCCAAAUCAAUACCCCAAUGUUCUUGCCUUCUGCACAAGUUUCAUAUCCUGGAAGGUCUUCACAUGCUCCAGCCACCUGUAAGCUGUGUCUCAUGUGCCAGAAGCUGGUCCAGCCCAGCGAGCUGCAUCCAAUGGCAUGUACCCACGUGUUACAUAAGGAGUGCAUCAAAUUCUGGGCCCAGACCAACACAAAUGACACUUGUCCCUUUUGCCCAACUCUUAAAUGAUGGACCUGAUUGGGGAGGAAGAAGAGAAGCUGAUGUGAACAGGAAGCGCGGGUUCAAGAUUUCUAAAACUCUAUAUUUAUACAGUGACGUAUACUCAUGCCAUGUACAUUUUUAUUAUAUAGGAAAUGUGUGUAUAGAAAGUCUGUAUUCAAAUGUUCGUAAUGAAAGUAUGUAUAUUAUGCAAAAAUGGUCUGUCCCCCUCAGCUUGCAAUUCCUUUAGGGGGAUGCAGAUUGUAGCUAAGAUGAUAUUUAGUUUGGCCUUGAAAUUAUGAAAUUCCUGCCUAAGGCUGUUUUCAAAUACAGUAUAAAAACCAUUAGGAAGCUGCUGUGGCUCUAAGGCUAUCCUGCUUUGAUUUGGCUCAACCACUAGUCCAUUUCCUAAGGUUCAUGUGUGCAGAUUUGAACCUUGGUGCUCACCCUCUGUCCGGCCAGCUGCCUUGACUACGGAAAGCCUUUGGAAGCCUUGGUGUCCUAGCAACUCUCCAAACGGAUGAAAUGAGGCUGAUUGAGGAAAAAAAUGUAACCCUAAGAGUUUGACUUUUCACUGAGUAUUUUACUGUGUUAAUGCUUAUGUUUUGUACAUAGGCUUUAGGUUUACAGAAUAUUCUGUUUUACAACAGCAAAAUUCACAGUCCAAGAGUAACAGCAUAACCAGGUCCCAGUUCCCCACGCCCUCACUUCUGUUCACCCCACUUCCUCAGUAGUCAUCUCUUCAGAAACUAGCACCAUCUGAAGGUCUGCUCCGGAAGCCACCCCUUGCCACCACCGACGCGGCCAGCCUUACAAGGGCCUCCCUCUUCCCUUCCCUCUGGUCUUCUUGUCUGGCUAGCCCUCCCCCUGAAGGUUAAGGCAGUCGUUCACAGCCAAGUUGUUUGGUGACUUGGAUGCGCUCCAGUUGAGGAGAGAUGUCAGUGCAAAAUUAUUUUCAGAAUGAUCUUGAGAUGCUGGGCUUUCAUUUUUGAAGCAAGAGAGCUAUGGGGGACACGUGUUUCUGCCCCGGGGAAGAUAGAGACCCCAGUGCUGGGAAGGGAGGUGGGUUUGAGGUUGAGAAGUCAUGUGUUCUCUGGGUAGCCACCCAGAACCAGAUCAGUGUUCCCCUCUGCCACUGAGCUUUUCUGGCUUGUACCCCGAAACGCUGGGGCUCUGUUAGAGCUUUCGCAUCCUCUUACCUUUACUCUUACCAGAAGUGACUUCAGCACUCUUCUCUGUGGAAUUAAACAACUAAAAACGAAGUGUUAAUUUUUUUAAGAAUAGCUCCAGGGGAAGGAGAUUAAUAUAUCACCAACAGCUGAAUUUUUUCAUUUCUGGGACGUGGAAAUGCUCGCUCACACUAGCAGUGCACUAAGGUAGCAAAGACUUUUCCUUGCAUAUCCAUCUAAAUUCUCUCCUCUCCGUUUCUGCUACUCUUUUCCUUCUUUGUUUCAUCCUUGCCUGUCAGCUCAUGGACGUACUCUUUGUCUUCUCCUACUG